AUGACGGGUGAGCGCCUUGUUUGUUUAUGUUGCUCAAAGAAGAAUCAGUGUUUCUGCAAAAAAUGUACAUUGGAGAAGUUAAAAUUCUAUUCUCGAAAGGAGAAUAUAUCAAUACGGUCAACGAGGAAAGCAGAACUAGAAAAAGAGGUUGACAACUUGCUCGGAGAGGCGGCCAACCUAUGUGCUGAUAUCAACACCACGACGGCUAACAUAACACUGCUGAGAAAAUGGGUUGACGAGAAAAAGCAAAUAAAUAAGUUGAAAGCCGAUCGCUUGGCCGCAAUAGAACAAAUGAUCGUCUCAACUGCAAGGCAUGCCAACAAAGUGUUGUCGUACUACGAUAAGCACGACGCAAAUGAGCUAACUAUGCAGAGGAGACGAGAAUAUAAAGAAGCUAAAGUGGGCGAAAUGAAUAGAAAUGUUUUUUCUACUGCGCAAAGCUUUUUUAUGCGGGUCAUUAUUCUCGAUUUUCCCGGUCUCAGAGGUCAUUGCUCAGAGUGUACGACCACAGGGUAG